CACGAAAAGCACGCAGUCGCGUUCUUUGCCGUCUACGGUGAAUAUCGUCGCGUUUGGUGAGAAUUUUUUUUUUAUUUUUUUUGAAAAAAAAAGCUCCCCCCAAUUUUAUCCCUUCGAUUUUUCAGUUUUACAUUAUUUCAAUUUUUUUUUUUUUUUUGCCUAAUUCCUUCACCGUAAGGACUUGAAAUAAAGGACAUUUUUUCCAAUCGCGCUUCCACCCCUAUUUUGGGAAAAAAUAUUCUCUAGGGGGGGGGGGACAAAAAAUAUGUCCAAUUUGUGCAAUUUAUUUUCAAAGGCGAUUAUUCGCUGAAUUCAAGACAAAAAAGUGGGCGAUGAUGCGCCAUUCUUAGCGCGGUCAUGGUAACCAUGAGCACCGAAAAGUCUACCUGCCGCAGGCGAAAGCCGGCAGAGAGCAACGGAGUAGAAAACAGUUCGGAACAACCGGGAGCAAGGUCUUCUGAUAAUAAUGAGCAAAGUACACGUGAACCGGAAAUCGCUCGAGAUCCACCUCAGUACACUUCUGGCUAUGCGGCCAUCACUUGUGCUGAAGACACUCCCAAUUAUCUUGUUUAUAAAAAGAUGGAAUCGAUAGUGGAGAAAAUGAUGGAUGAAACCAAUGGUGUUCCGGUCAAGACAGUCAAGAGUUUUAUCAGUAAAAUCCCCUCCGUUUUUACAGGAACCGAUUUAAUAAUCUGGAUGAUGAAGAACAUGGACAUCGAUGAUCAAGAAAUUUUUACAGAGGCCCUUCACGUCGCACAUCUCAUGGCCUCCCAUGGAUAUUUUUUUCCCAUCGACGAUCAUUGUCUCACCGUCAAGAACGACAACACAUUUUAUAGAUUCCAAACUCCCUAUUUCUGGCCGUCGAAUUGCUGGGAACCUGAAAACACAGAUUAUGCCGUCUACUUGUGCAAACGAACAAUGCAGAACAAAACUCGAUUAGAGCUCGCUGACUAUGAGGCUGAAAAUCUCGCGAGGCUACAAAAAAUGUUCUCCAGAAAAUGGGAGUUUAUUGCCAUGCAAGCCGAGGCCCAGAACAAAGCGGAUAAGAAAAGAGACAAAUUGGAGAGAAAAGUCCUGGAUAGUCAAGAGAGAGCAUUUUGGGACGUUCAUCGGCCAAUGCCAGGAUGUGUGAAUACGACGGAAUUGGACAUAAAGAAGGCAUGUCGCAGCCACAAGCCUAUUGUUAAAGCGAGCAAACAUUUGCAACUGGGAGUUGCAGGUGGAAGAAUUUCUCCACCUCGGACGAAUUCUAUGUUAAAACAGUCAGCAGAAUCUUUACAAAGGGACGUUGAUAUUUUAAAGCAGAGACUUGAUCGACGAAUCAUUAAAAUUUCCAAGGUUGCUGAAGCGCUUAUAGGAUAUUUUGAACAAUACGCAGAGUACGAUCCAUUUUUUACGCAACCAGAAUUGACGAAUCCAUGGAUUUCGGAUAGUUUAGAAAUGUGGGAACAGGAAAAAUUGGCAGAUCUUCCAGUGAGAAGAGUGAGAAGAUGGGCUUUUGGAUUACAUGAACUUUUACGCGAUCCCGUUGGACGAGAGCAAUUCGAACGAUUUUUGGAUAAAGAAUUUAGUGGCGAGAAUCUCAAAUUUUGGGAGGCUGUUCAGGAAUUAAAAACAUUACCUCAACGAGACGUCGAGGCAAAAGUGGAGGAAAUUUGGAACGAAUAUUUAGGAGCCGAAGCAAGUUGUCCAAUUAAUGUUGAUUCCAAAUCGUUUGAGGUGACGAAGAAAAAUAUCGAGAAACCUGAUCGUUGGUCAUUUGACGUUGCAGCAACACACGUUUAUCAUUUAAUGAAAAGUGAUUCAUAUUCAAGAUAUUUGCGAUCAGAAAUGUACAAGGACUAUAUUAACGGAUCGAAAAAGAAGACAUCAGUGAAAGGAAUUCGAUCUAUUGUCUCGUUCACUGGACGGAAGGAUACGACGACAUCUUAAUCGAUAUUUUCGCCUUCUAAUGAUGUUGGAAAUAUAAAUAUUCGUCUUUAGAGACACAAAAGAUAGAAAAGUAAUUGCAAUCAAUUUUUCCCAUUCGCUCGUUCGAUAUAUAAGGGAAAUGAUGCAAAAUAUUGGCAGUGAAACAGUUCGAUCCCAUUUUUCUCUCUUUCUCUCUCUCUCUCUCUAUCUAUCUAUCUCUCGCAAACAAUUAGAAGAAAAAUUCAACGGUCACAUAAAUAUUUCUUCGCUUUUUCAUGCUGCCAAAGAAAAAAAAAAAUAAUAAUAAAUCACACAAUCGGUCGAUUUUUCUAAAAAAUAAAUAAACGAAAAAAAAGAAAAAAAUUAGCUUUGUUUUCUACGCGUAGAUUAACUGGAAAUUUUGCGGCGUCAGCUGCGGGAAUUGAUGUCAUAAUAAUAAUAAUAAUAAUAUUAAUAAUAAUAAUAAUGAAUAAAUAAUAAUAGUUGUUUCUAUAAGAAAAAGAAGAAUUCUGCACAUUAUAUAAUAGAAUGUACUGGAACUGCAUUCGCGACUGGGAUCUGUAAAAUUGUAGAGAAAAAAAAACUUUGUAGCGGGAGAAACAUACACACUGUCAAAAAGUCGAGUGUAUUUUUUGUAAAAACAUUUGACUUUUUAUGUAAAACACCGAAGAAACAUAAAAAUAUAAGUGACGUGAUCACUAAGAGGGAAAAGAAAACAAAAAAAGGAGAAUAAAGGAGUGAAACUGAGAUGGAAAAACUAAAUAAAAGGUGAGAAAAAAAAAUUAAGGAAUAUUAAAUCAACUAGAAAAAAUAAUAUUGAGCAAGUUGAGAAUAAAUAAGCUGGAGAAUAAAUAAGCUAAAAUGGCUUUAAAAAACCAAAAAAAAAGAAUUAUUUAAUGGCAUGUAAAAGUUGUUCCAGUUUUUUUUUAAUGGUAAUCGAAUGUUAAAAUUGACACAACUUUGACAUACCCUUAAGAAGAAUGCAGGGGCCUAACAUAACUUAAAAAUUGAAAAAUGGUUUUUAAUGUAAAAUUUUAAUAAAAAUUAAUUUCCAACUUUAUAGGAUCUUGUUAUACACUUUUUGAAAAAAUGUGUUAAAUAAUUAUUAGUAUUAAUUAUAUAAAAAUUAAUAUAUAAUUAAAAAAUUAGUAUAAUUAAAUAUUCUAUAAUUGUUUGAAAUUAAUUUUUAUUAAAAAUUUUGUUUACGUUAAAAAGUUUAAAAAUAAUUUUUCAAUUUUUAUGUUUAAUUAGGGCCUCCAUCAUUCUUAAAAAAAAAAGAAAAACAUUUUUUGAGUAAUUGAAAAGACAUUUUUAAUAAGCUGAAAAAGCUUAAACAAAAAUUUUUUUUGAAAAAUACAAACAAACAUCUUAAGGGGAUGGGACUGGUGAAAUUUUAUCUCAACAAAAUUUAUAUUUAUCUUCGUCAAAUUUUCUUUUAACUUCGAUAAAAAAUAUUGCUAUUUAAAAAAUUAUUCUAUUAAAAUUUUUAAAUAAAUUAUUUUUCACCAUUUUCAGAUUUUUUAUUUUUUGAAAAUAUAUGUAAAUUUUUCCACAGAAUUAUAAAUAAAAUUAAAAAUUAGAAAGAAAAAAUAAAAUUAUCGAGGAAAAAGUAAUAGAAAUUAUAGGAGAGAAAUUUAAAUCUAAAUUCUAUUAAAAUUUCCAUAAAAAUGAAAUUUCCUCUUUAUAUUAACUUGUAAAUAUUUUUUUUAAAUUUAUAUAAAUUAAUAAAUUUUCAAUAAUAUCGAUAAAUAAAUUUCACUAAUUCCUCCCCUUAAAGUUAGCUGAAAAAAUUGAAGUAAAAAAAAAAGCUUCAAUUUUUUAGUAGACAAAAAAAAAAUUUUUCGUACAUGAUAAAAAUUGCAUUUUUAGAAUCAAAAAAAAAAAAAAAAAACAAGAAAAUCAAAAUAAUAUGUUGAUAAUUUUACAAAAUUCGGCUAAAAUUAUAUCGACGAUAUUUUUGUAUAAAAUUCUAUAUAUAUAUAUUAAAAAAAAAUAAAUUUUCAAAGCGCGGAUAAAAUGAGCAACUUGAUUGUUCUUUUUUUCUCGCUUUAAUUAUUACACGAAAAUAGAAUUCACUUCAAUCAUAUAAACAAUAUCGUUCAAUCACAUGCGCUUAUUAACAUCUUUGUCCACAAUAAUAAUAAUAAUUAUAAUAAUAAUAAUAAUUUCUUUCGUAUAUACGCGGCGGUGAUGGAAAUUUUUUUUUUUCUUAAUAUUCGUAUAAUCCGUCUCUUGUCUAUUCGUAUUUACAAAAGAAAUAAAAAAUAAAUACGUGGAUCACGUGGUUGUGGAAAACGACCUUAAAUUAAAAAAAAAAACUUACUAAAUAGUCGGCCAAGGUCUUUAGAAUUUUACUGAAUUUUCAUUUGUGAGUUAUAAAAUGACCUUUUUUUGGCUCUAGGGAGUAAAAUGAUCUUUUUUCACCCUUGGGGGAAAAAUAAUCACUUUUCGCUCUAGUGAGAAAAGAAGGUCGUUUCUGAUCUUGUUUUAGAUUAAUAAUUAACAUAUUUUAAUUUUGAUUUUUUAUUAAUUAUUAACAUAUUUUAAUUUUGAUUUUUUAUUAAUUAUUAACAAAUUUUAAUUUUGAUUUCUUAUUAAUUAUUAAUAUAUUUUAAUUUUUUUUUUAUUAAUUAUUAACAUAUAAAAAAAAGGUUGAUGGAAAAAUUUUUUUUUUCUCUCUUAAUGUAUUAAGUUUGAAAAUAUUUUGGAAUAAAAAGAAAAAAAAAAAAAAAAGACUCUUGGUCGACAUUUGAAAACGGGUAGUAGAUAAUAUAUUCAUAUAUAUAUAGAUAAGUUACAAAAAUUUCUGAGUGGCAUUGUUCAGAGCAGAAUGCGCGUCGCAUCUGAACAAUCUGCUCUGCACGAGUAAACUUUCCAAAACAAAUUCAUAUAUAAUAGAUAGUCUCUGAAAGAAAAAGCUUUAAAACAACGUAUAUACAUAUUACAUAUAUAGUAAUUCGUCACUGUAUGGAAAAUAAAACCAAAAAAAAAAAAAAAAAAAA